UAAUAUAUACUGUGUGUCAUGCGAUCGACGUCUUGCAAACCGACCAGCCAGCACCCGGCAGGCCAGCGGCGCGGACGAAGAACAAACUUUUAUUCAAACGAACGACAAUAUCCCCUCAGUUGAACAAUUUUUUUUGGCUACACCAAGAGAAAGUCAAUGGCAGAAUCAGAUCCCAAUCAAUCUUAAAUGACGGAAAUGCCCUUUACUAACUUCUGAAGGCAAACAAUUGCCGACCGAAGUUCAACUCUGUUCCAAUGCUGUUAUCCUCUAGGAGACCAGGAGCCACUUCUUGGUCCCUUCCUAGAAGAUCCUUUCAUCUCCUUUCUUGUCCAACUAUUCUUCUAUAUAGCCAAAUCCGCGUUCCUAAAAUGGUCAUCAGAAUCAAGAAGUAAUGGCAGAUUUUGAAGAUUUGCUGCCAGUGAUAGCCAAGAAUCUCGGUGGAGAGGGCCUGAUAAAGGAGCUAUGUAAUGGGUUUCAGUUACUGAUGGAUAAAGACAAAGGGGUUAUCACACCAGAGAGCUUGAGGAGGACCUCUACUCUUCUGGGUUUGCCGGAUCUGAGAGAUGAUGAGAUUAUGAGCAUGGUUAAAGAAGGUGAUCUUGAUGGAGAUGGAGCUCUUAAUCAGAUGGAGUUUUGUGUUUUAAUGUUCAGAUUGAGUCCUGAUUUGAUGGAAGAAUCUCUGCUGCGGCUUCAAAAGGAAUCGACAACAGAAGUGGAUUUUGAUGGAAGGGACUGAAGGUGACCGCGGCUGUGCAACGGGAAAGUGAUACGUCCUGGAAACGGCGACGUCUGUAAUGGAAUAAUAAAAUUUUCCUUUUGGCGGUGAGAUGCAUAUUUCUGGUUAAUCGAUGAUGAAAAUGAAAAACGUUAACAUUUCUAUUAGUUAUAAUAUUUUUUUUUAAUUUC